UAAACUUUGGAAAAGACGAACUUAAAUUUUUUAAGUGGAAAAUAAAUGUUCAAAAUGUAAUGAAUAAAAUAAUUUUCUGAUUUAUUUGACCUAAUCUAAAUGGAUUGAUUCUUUGGUCAGAUAUCCUAUUUCAAACCUCAAAAAUUGAAUCAAUUUUUGUAAGAUAGCUGCUUCUUUUGACUUUACUAAUUCAAUCACUAUUUCUUAUUGACUAUUUUUAGAAAAAGAAAAAUGUGGUGGCUAUUUACUUACCUACCAUACCCACAUCAUUGCACAUUUGAAAAAAGAAUUCUCGUAAAUCGAAUUUAUUAAAUGGAGCAAUAUAGAUUGUAAAAAUUCAUGUUUAAUUUAUGGAUUUCUUGCAAAGUUAUUAAAAAAAAAAAAAGAAAGAAAGAAAGAAAAGAUUGUGGGGAAUAUUUUUUUUUUCAAAUAAUCGUUACCUUUUCUUGUUGAUAUAACAGAAUUAUCUAAAUAAAUAAACGUUACUAUAGUUUUUAAAAAGAAAUUGUGAAGGGGAAAAAAACAUAUUUUGAUUUGGAGACAUGAAAUGAAAUGGCAUUUCAUUUGCAUUUUGAUUAAUUUAGGAGCAAUCAAUCCGUUCCCCUCAAUUCCCUCGUCAUCCUCUUAUUCACAUAAAUACAAUUUUAGUAACUUAUUUCCAAACUUUGGCGAAGAACGGAGAGAGGGGGAGGGGAGGGGGAGAGAGAGCCAGAAUGAAUCAGGGGUUCAGAUUCUAUCUAUGUUUCUUUGUUUCAUGUCACGGCGAUUGAAAACGUAAGCAUUUUGGGGAUCAAUUUUGAUGUUUAUGAGUCCAUUUGAUGCAUAAAUGAGCUCAAAUUCGUUCGUUAUCUGAGAAUGGAGAGAUCGCUGAGUUCGUGAGUGUGAUUCUUUCCGGACGAUCUCUAAUUUUUGCUUGUGGAUCUGAGAGGGAUUUGAAACCAUGCCGUCUCACGCGGAUCUGGACCGUCAGAUCGAGCAUCUGAUGGAGUGCAAGCCGUUGCCGGAACCGGAGGUGAAAAUACUUUGCGAUCAGGCGAGAGCGAUUCUGGUUGAGGAGUGGAACGUGCAGCCGGUUAAGUGUCCGGUGACGGUUUGCGGCGAUAUUCAUGGCCAGUUUUACGAUCUCAUUGAACUGUUUCGGAUAGGAGGCCGUACUCCCGAUACUAAUUACCUUUUCAUGGGCGAUUACGUUGAUCGUGGGUACUACUCGGUUGAGACAGUUACUCUUCUAGUGGCUCUAAAAGUUCGUUACAGAGACAGAAUUACCAUCUUGCGGGGUAAUCACGAGAGCCGACAAAUAACUCAAGUGUAUGGUUUUUAUGAUGAAUGCCUGAGAAAAUAUGGAAAUGCCAAUGUCUGGAAACAUUUCACCGAUCUUUUCGAUUACCUCCCUCUUACAGCUCUAGUUGAGAGUCAGGUUUUCUGUUUACAUGGAGGACUUUCUCCAUCUUUGGAUACCUUGGAUAACAUUCGCUCAUUGGACCGUAUACAGGAGGUCCCCCAUGAGGGGCCAAUGUGUGAUCUCUUAUGGUCUGAUCCAGACGACCGUUGUGGAUGGGGAAUAUCUCCACGUGGGGCUGGUUAUACAUUUGGUCAGGAUAUAGCUGCUCAGUUCAAUCAUACAAAUGGGCUCUCUCUUAUAUCCAGAGCUCAUCAACUUGUCAUGGAAGGAUACAACUGGUGUCAGGAUAAGAAUGUGGUGACUGUCUUUAGCGCUCCGAAUUAUUGUUAUCGAUGUGGAAAUAUGGCUGCAAUUCUGGAAAUUGGGGAGAAUAUGGAUCAAAAUUUUCUACAAUUUGACCCAGCUCCUCGACAAAUUGAACCCGAUACCACACGCAAGACUCCUGAUUAUUUUUUGUGAUUACUAUAUUGUUGGUCAUUGUAAGUGUCAGUAAUUGUAGAUUUUACUCUGAAAAAGCCUUUAUUGUCAUGGGUGAGAACCAGAUUAUGUUCAAUGUCAUUCUUUUGGUUGUAGUUUUAGUUGUGUUUUGUUGCUUCUUUUAUGUGCAAAAGAAACUCUAGUAAAGUGGCAGAAGGUUUCGACCGAUGGUCCCAUUUGCUUGUAAAUCUUAAGGAAGCAAUAACUUGAUAUUA